AAUCGAUUCCCGUGAGCUCCCUAUUCCGCUAUUGGGGUGAUGAGAAAUCCCAAUUGGGAAACCUAUUCCUAAAAAAGAAUCUAUUGGUAAAACCCUGCACAUCAGAAAUCAAUUAGCGACCACCUUCCCGGACGUGUUCUCGUUCCGGCGGUAAAUUAAUUAGACGGAACUGCUUUUCUCAUUCCAUAUUGUUUCGUGACUUUCUGCAGUCGGCGAAGUAGAUAUGGUGAUUAUUCAGGAAAACCCCAGCCUAAAGCCUGAUGAUGAUCGUAUCAGUCAAUUACCUGAUGAUAUCCUCUGCACGAUACUUUCAUCAUUGAGCCUCAAAGAAGGGGCGAAGAUGCGGUUAUUGUCUAGCAAGUGGAAAGGGUUAUCCCCGUUUACAUCCAACCUUCGGCUCGAUCCUCUGUCCAUUCUUGGAAUUGGAAUUUGCAUCGAUAGGGAUUACAUGAAGAUAGUGCGAAGUCAUAAAUCUAAGUUUGUUACUGCGGUCACUCAAAUUUUGAAGCUAUAUACCGGGCCAAAAUUAGACAGUUUUGAGGUUAGUUUCCCCCUAGAGGAUGAUUCCGCUUCCAAUGUUGAUGGGUGGAUAAGUUUUGCUCUGGAGCAAGCCGCCAACAGACUUAUCAUUGACUUUGGACCUCGCACGGGUGUUGAGUCCUACUACACUUUUCCUUUUCAUCUUCUACCUGAUGGUAAAGCAUCUCCACUGAAGCAUCUAUCCCUCAAAGUAUGUGCAUUAUCCUGUGUCCCCGAUUAUGCAGUAAAGGUUCAUUCUUUAGUAACUCUCUACAUUGGUUCCACCCGCAUAAAUCAAGUUUCUUUAGACAACAUCCUUUCUGGUUGUGUGAACCUUGAGUUUCUGAGAAUCCAUCUGUGCUAUGUGCCUGAGACGUGUUGCAUAACCGGUGCAUUAGGCCGUCUAAAACGAUUGAUUAUUGAAGAGUGUAUUGAUUAUGGCCGUAUUGAGCUCAACUCUUUACCGGAGCUUACUACAUUUGAAUACAUGGGUCCAGAAAAGAAGUUCACCCUCCUUGGUCUUCCAUCUCUUGAGAAAAUCUAUUUUAGGUUCAUAAAUUAUUCAUAUGUGGGCGCAACUUACGUUUUCAAUCGACUUGCAAAAGAUGUCUCACAUCUACAAACUCUCUCGUUUAUUUUAGCUCCCAUGCAGGAACCUCCCAUGCCUGUCAGCAUUACUCCAUUCAAAUAUCUGAAGAAUUUGGAGUUGUUUAUUUUGGUAGCACCAAAUUAUGAUCUUCUCACCAUUGUACACAUUCUUAAUGCUUCUCCUGUCUUGCAGAAGUUCCUUCUCUCUCUAUAUAUUUAUCAUAACGGGAAAAAAGCAAGUGGAGUAAUUGAUAAUAAAUGCAUCCAUUUUCACCUUAAAGAAGUCGAGAUAUGUGGGUUUUCUGACCGAUGUAAUUGUAUGGAGUUAGCUGUUUAUUUACUUGAUAGUGCGGUUUCCCUAAAGCGGAUGCUUAUCAAUUCUCAAGGACGAAAGUAUCAUGGAGUUGACAGAUGGACUUAUGACAAAGUGUUUCCUAAGAACCUAAAUCGAGAGGUGACACAUGAUUUACUUCAAAAACACAAUGUUGAUUCCAAAGUAGAAAUCGUUGUUAUUUGAUUUCCAUUUAGAAGUUUGAGUUUCAUCAUGAUGUAAUGUAAAUUUUGUAAACUUUUGAGUCAUCAUGAAUAAUUGAGUUUUUCAAUUCUGGUAAUUGAGAAUAGAUGCAUCCAUUUUCACCUUAAAGAAGUCGAGAUAUAUGGGUUUUCUGAUCGAUGUAAUUGUAUGGAGUUAGCUGUUUAUUUACUUGAUAGCUCCGUUUCGCUAAAGCGGAUGCUUAUCACAUCUCAAGGACGCCAGUAUCAUGGAGUUGACAGAUGGACAUAUGACAAAGUGUGUCCGGACCUAAAUCGAGAGGUUACGCGUAAUUUACCUCAAAAACACAAUGCUAAUUCCGAAGUAGAAGUGGUUGUUAUUUGAUUUCCAUUUAGAAGUUUCAGUUUCAUGUGUGUCCGGACCUAAAUUGAGAGGUGAAACUUUUGAGGCAUGAAUAAUUGAGUUUUUGGAUUCUUGUAAUGUGGAGGGUUGUGUGUUUUUGGCUUUUUGCUCAGAUAUGAUGUAAAAUGGCUGUUGGAUAUUUUUGAUGUUGUAAAUGUGGCGGUGGAGUAAAUUUAUAAUAAUUAAUAAGUACUGUUAUUAA